AAUCAAACCAAGUGUGCAUUCCUCAAGAUCCCUUGUCCAAGAACUAUAGUUCUGAUGACUGGUGCUCUGAUACAGAAGAUGCGGCAGAAAUCGAAACGCUUAUUGAAGAAACAAAAACACUCGAACAUCAGCUUCAGCAACUCGAACAUCAUGUAACUCAUCAAAAAAGGCUUAUGCAGUGCCAACCCCAAUGGCAACUUGAAUUUCACCAUGGUAAGCUUCAGCUCAACUCAAACAUCCAUACUCUUGAAGAACUCUUUAUGUUUGGAAAAGCAGCCAUUCGCUAUCUUUCGCCUUUUGGACAUACGUUUCAAACUUCGUUUGAAUGUAACCAAAGUGUCCACAGCUUUACUAUGUUGGCAUGGAAAGCAAUGUCACAGUCGCAAACAGACAUUCAGCAGCAUCCCUUCAACAAAAGAGAGAAGGAUACACCCCCUUGGAACCCACCCAACAGUCUGAUUCGACCUAUGGAUUCAAAAUACAUGAUCCCAAAACUUGUUGACAAAUAUUUCGCUUGUCUAGAUAUGAUCAUACCCAUCUUGCAUGAACCUUCUUUUCGAGAACAUUACAGCAGUCUUCAAAAUCCACUAGAGGAUAUCAUUACAUUGGCUAUCUGCACUGCAUCGUCUAUUUCGACUUGUCAGCAUGCUUUCCUCAAUACACAUGAAAGACGAUACUUGGGUGAAUACUUUUAUCAUCUCAGUAUUGAAAAACUGAUCGAGAUAUUCGAUGACCCUGAACGACAACUAGAAACACUGAUUACCAUUAACCUGCUACAACCCUUUAUGGUGGCUACAUUACGGUCGAAAGAGAUGCAGAGAUGGAGCAAUAUAGCUCUUGUCAUUAGUUCUACAAUCACACCAAACAAUGCACAGAUGUACUCAAAACCACUCUUUGACCGAGAUAGAGCUGAAAGAAUCGAGCAUGUCUUGAUUACACGGAAUAUCUUUAUGUCCAACUUUAGUCGGUUUAACAUUGAAUUCUUUUUGAACUUUAGGCGUUUGGAUAUAAAGCAUUUUGAUAUUCGUUUCCAGGCCUUGCCUGACGAACCAGAAAAUACAAAAAUGCUUUUUGAACUUACCAACCAUAUUAUGAAACUUACCUUGAGCUAUACCGUCACCAAAAUCCUUACUCAAUUGUAUGCGAUGGCUACUGGAAACAAAGGAGAAAUCAGUUUUGAAGAGAUCAUACAAUACCAGCAUGAUGUCAAUACAUGGUGGCUCCACACACCAGAUCACCUUAGGAUAGGCAGUAAUCUGUUUGGUAUUACUCAAGACCUUAUUCAAGCCACAACAGAAGUUCCUAAACUACUGUUUACUAUGGUCAUCACUUCACAUACAUUGGCACUACAAAGCUACAUCAUACAACUUGUGCCCAAAGACAAAGAUCAAGCCAUGUAUCGAGUGAUUGAAGAAAACAUGUUUUCUUCCGUCUUGUAUCUCUCGGACAUUUCGCUUGCAUUACUAAGGCGUUUAGCUAUAUCCAAUGCUUGUUGUUAUUCACCUAAAUUCAUGCUUUUACUCAUCAUAGACUCACUUGUUACUUUAUCCCAAGUGAAGAAACAAGACCAAAAGGCAGCCCAUCUCAUUAAAGCAAGAAUCGAUCUUUAUAUGAACGAACUCAAACUAAAGACCUCACCAGACCACCAGGUAACACCCAGCACUUCCCCUUACUCUAUUGUAUCCAUAGCUCCCUCAAACACAUUACCUUCGGCUACUGAACUGUACAAACACUAUCCUUUACCUUUUGAAGCAUUAUCAUUUGAUCUCAUUCAAGCUGCAACUUCUAAAGCGAUGAAGAGCUACCAUGUAUUAAACCCUAUUCUAUAGCAAAAUAAACAUAAUUAUGCAAUAUCCUUUUAAAAAAAA